AGACGUUAUCAUUUAUUUCACUUGAGAGGCUAGUAUCUGCUCAAAUACAAUGGGAAUAGAGGAGGAAACGGACCGGACGCUCUUUAUAAGAAAUUUGGAUUCAAGAGUGACGGAGGAGCUUUUGUUCGAGCUGUUUGUACAGGCAGGACCUCUCAUCAAAACUAAAAUUCCAAAAGAUGGCGAUGGGAAACAGAAAACAUUUGGGUUUGCCGUUUACAAACAUGAAGUGUCCGUGCCAUUUGCCAUGCAACUACUCAACGGGACAUCGUUGCAUGGGAGAACUAUCCAUGUGCAGUUCAGAUCAGGGAGUAGUCAUAGCAGCAGUCCAGGGAACUCAAGUCCUGCAAAUACCCCAAAUCCACAUGGCCAGAGGACCCCGAUCCAGUUCAGUUCUCCACCAUAUACUCCUCCACCCCAAAUGCAGAGGUCCCUUUCAUCUCCCGAUAAUCUGCAGAAGCAUGUCAUGAUGAACAACAUGAUGUGGCAGCUCCACAUGCAGCAGAUUGAGCAGUUGAAUGGCGGUCUCUCCAAAUCUACGCAGAGGCAGCCGUCUGCAGGUGGAAAUUCCGGCGGAGGCGGCUCGAGGCAACACGAUAACGCCCCCUACCGGCAUCCGUCCCAGAUGCACAGCGGUGGCAGAAAUCAGCGCCACCCAGACGAAGCGGCUCCCGCUCGUCAUCAGCAACACGGCCACAGCCGGGACAACUAUCAGCAUCAGAACGACAGGAGUGGCAACCGUCACCAUGACAGCAGAGGUGGCAACAGACAUGACGAUAAAGGUGGCAACCGUGGCCACCAAGAUAACAGAUGGCGACGGUACAGAGACAUGUAAAGGACUUCCGUAAAGAACUUCUGUAAAGACUUCAGUUCUUCACAAAUUUGUGGACAGCUUACAAAAAAAAAAAAGUCAUGAAUUUAUGUUGACAAAUUCACUUGUAUACUCAGGUUGUUUGUACAUGAUCCAGUUUGCAACCAGAUUUGAUAACUUAUGCCUUUCUAGAACUUUUUGUUGACUUUUUAAGGUGUUUUUAAAUGUGUACACUUCCAUGUGAGAUUUUCCUCACAGAUGUUGCAAAUAUUUUUGAGCUGUAAUGAUGGAGAGCAAGGAACAAAAUAUUAGACAUGAGUUAUUUUGGAAGACAAAAAAAAAAAAAAAAAAAAAGAUUUAGGAUAUUGGCCAGUUUUUAUGUUAUGCAAAAGAUAUUGAAAUGGUGCUCACAGAAAUUCUUCAGGUACUUUGUAAAAAAAAAGAACAAAUGUUUCAGCUAAAGAUUCCACCAGCACCACUUUUACGGUAAUAGGGCACCAUCCUUUUUUAAUGUUGGAUCUGUUGACCUUGCUCUUUCUAAAACAAACUGAAAAAACAAAACAAUGGGCUUUAUUGAAUUUUUUUAUUCUGAGUCUUUAAGACGAACUGUUUUAAAAAUGAACACUUUCAUUAUUAUUAUUAUAAAGCUCCUUUCAUUUGA